CCCCAGCCCCUUCCCACCCCCUUAGCUCCUGCCCCAGCAGCAGCCGGCGGCUCCCUGGUGGUUCUCCCGGGCGGAGUGGGGGCUUCUGGGGGAGGCUCCGAGGCCGCUCUGCAGGGACGUCAUGCAGGAGAAUGACAAGACCUUGACCUCGCUGGCAGGUUCCAGGACCAAGAAGUGGAAUCCCCAUCAAGAUGAGCCUGCGGGCGCAGACCUGCAAGGGAUGCCCCAGAGCCCUGAGCAGGGAGACAAUGGUUAUAGCCAGGGAAGGAGAGGACGGCAGCAGGGAGACACAGAGGGAGAACCCACUGAUGAAGAAUGUUCUAAGAAGCUCCUUGGCUUGCAAAGAACCUGCACAGCAGAGAGACCCUAUAAAUGCCCUGAAUGCGGGAAAAGCUUCACCCAGAGCUCUAUGCUCAUCCGCCAUGAGAGAUCCCACACGGGAGAAAAACCCUACACAUGCUCUGUCUGUGGGAAGAGUUUUAGUCAGAGGUCCAAUCACAUGCAGCAUCAGAGGAUCCACACAGGGGAGCGACCCUAUAAAUGCACUGACUGUGGGAAGAGUUUCUCUCUGAGCUCCCGCCUGCUCCAGCAUCAAAUGGUGCAUACUGGAGAGCGGCCUUACAAAUGCCCUGACUGUGGGAAGAGCUUCAACCAGAAGUCGAACCUGAAGCAGCACCAGCGAAUCCACACAGGGGAGCGACCCUACAGACGUCCUGACCAUGGAGAAAGCCGCUCUCUGAGCCCACCCCAGGAGAUCCAUAAAGUAGAGAGACCCUAUAAGUGUCCCCAGUGUGGAAAAUGCUUCCGUGUGAGCUCACACCUUAUUAGACACCAAGUCACCCACACGGGAGAGCGACCCUAUAAAUGCUCCGACUGCGGGAGAAGCUUCUCGCUGAGCUCUCACCUCAUCCGGCACCGGAUAGUCCACACAGAGGAUAAACCCUACGUCUGCACUGAGUGUGGGAAGAAGUUUAGCCUAAGCUCCAGGCUCGACAGGCACCUGAGAACCCACACGGGAGAGAGACCUUAUAAAUGCCCCAACUGUGGGAGUGGCUUCGUCGACAGCUCCGCUCUUAUUAAGCACCAGAGGAUUCACACUGGGGAGCGACCCUAUACCUGCCCUGAAUGUGGGAAGAGCUUUGGUCGGAGCUCAUACCUUAUCACCCACCAAAGAACCCAUACGGGAGAGAGACCCUAUAAAUGCCCCGACUGCGGGAAAAGCUUUGUUGGCAGUUCUGAUCUUAAUAAACACCAGCGCACCCACACGGGGGAGCGCCCCUAUAACUGCCCUGAAUGUGGGAAGAGCUUCAGCCGGAGCUCAAACCUUAUUGCCCAUCAGAGAAUCCACACCCGUUCCUUCACUCCUACUCAGGGAUGUGCCAGAGCGGAUCUCUCGGCAACAGGGACAGCCUUGAACAAAGGCGCCGGCUCCCCGCCCCUUCAUGAAUAUUCAACAGGGGGCGGGGCUGGGGCGGAAACCUCCAGCCCGCCCCACACAACCAGCCCCCCCGGGGCAUGGCCAAGGGAGACUCCAUUUCCCAGAGACCUUGGCCAAGUGGGCCGCGCUGAAAGCCGCCCCCGCCCCCGCCCCGUCCGAAAGUCGCUCCCGCCCCAGCCCGAGUGCGGGGGACGCUGGCCCCAGGGGCAGGUGCGGCGCGGGGUGCCCGCCCCGGUGGCUCCCGGCGGGGCUGGAGGAGGCUCCCGCGGGGCGGGGGCUCCCGGCGGACGGGCAGAGGCAGCGCUGCGGGACGCGCCGCAGGAGAAUUACCAGGAUCUCCCGGGCUCCGAGGACGGGGAGAGCCCGAGAGGCGCCCACCCAGCAGGUGCCGGGAUGGCGAGUGGGAACUUUGAGGAGAUCCCCCAGCGGGAAGGGACUGUGGGAGCGGAGCUGCCCAGGACCUCCCAGAGCCCCAAGCCGGAGGAUACUGAUGAGGCUCUCCAUUGCCAUUCUGCCCCCCCGGCAGGGAAACUGAGUCAAUCCAGAGCUGGUGUCGAAGCUGAAUAUGACAUGGUGUCUCGGGGAACCCAGGCCAGGGAGAGAGCGAAUACGUGCCCCGAGUGUGGGAAAAGCUUCCCUUGGAGCUCCCGGCUCCUCCGACACCAGAGAUCCCACACCGGGGAGCGCCCCUACCAGUGCCCUGACUGUGGGAAGGGCUUCGUCGAGAGCUCGGGCCUGAUCCAGCACCAGCGGACUCACACCGGGGAGCGCCCUUUCAGCUGCGGUGUGUGCGGGAAGAGUUUUGGCCUGAGCUCCCACCUGAUCCGCCACCAGCACAUCCACACGGGGGAGCGCCCCUACCAGUGCCCCGACUGCGGGAGGGGCUUCCUGCGGCGCUCCCAGCUCACCCUGCACUGCCGGACCCACACGGGAGAGAGACCCUAUAAAUGCCCUGAGUGCGGGAAGGGCUUCAGCGAGAUCCGCAACCUGAACCGGCACCAGCGCACCCACACGGGGGAGCGGCCCUACAAAUGCCCCGAGUGCGGGAAGGGCUUUGCUCAGAGCUGCCACCUCCUGCAGCACCAGCGCACCCACACGGGGGAGCGGCCCUACAGGUGCCCCUGCGGGAGGGGUUUUGUCCGCAGCUCCCAGCUGAUCCGGCACCAGUCGGUUCACACAGGGGAGAAACCAUACAAAUGUCCCAUCUGCAGAAAAUGCUUCACUCAGGCAUCCACGCUGGCCAGCCACCUGCGGAUCCACACUGGGGAGAGACCCUUCAAAUGCCCCCAGUGUGGGAAGAGCUUUGUUCGGAGCUCGCACCUUAUUAUGCACCAGAGAACCCAUAUAGCAUAGAAUGCCAUGCAUGCCUCCCCCUACACGUCCCAGCCCUGGGGUGUGUAUUAGCCAAGGUUCAUCCCUUAUAGCGCCCCAUAAAACCCAUACAUGUGUCUCCCUUCGUACAUGCUCCCUCCUGUGCAGGGGUACAGCUGAGGCGAGCUAAAUAGUUUUAGGGACCUCACUUAUUUCAAAUAACCCCUUGGAUUUAAUCCCUUGAUUUCUAGCCAAACUCAUAGUGCCUUUUUGAUGCACGGGGGUGGGGGGAGUGUUCAGAGAUAACCAUGGGGUUCAGAUACCCCCUUUAUUAAUUUUAAUGGGGAUUGGAUCGCCCCAUCCCUUAGGCAGAAAAGGUGGCAAUAAGGCAUACAUUUUUAACAGAGUAAUUAACCAAUGGAACAAUUUACCAUGGGUCAUGGUGGAUUGUCCAUCCCUGGCAAUUUUUAAAUCAGGAGUGGAGGCUUUCCUACAAGCUCUGCUCUAGGAAUUAUUUGGAGGGAGUUCUCUGGCCUGUGCUAUACAGGAGGUCAGACUAGAUCAGUGGUUUUCAAGCUGUUUGUUGUGACCCAGUACUGGGUCGCGGAAUGUCAGACGCUGGGUCGUGACACCUCUAAUCAGCACCGCCGACCGUGCUGUUCAUAGUCCCAUCGGUGGUGCUGCCCGGCUAAGGCAGGCUAGAUCCUAUCUGCUCCGACACCGCACUGUGCCCUGGAAAUGGCCAGCAGCAGGUCCAGCUCCUAGGUCGGGGGGCCAUAGGGCUCCGUGCGCUGCCCCGAGCACCAGCUCCGUGCUCCCCAGCCAAUGGGAGCGGGGGGGCGGUACCUGUGGCUGAGAGCCGUGCAGAGAUUCUUGCGUGCCUCCACCUAGGAGCCAGAUCUGCUGCUGGCCGCUUCCAGGGCACGGCGCUGUGCCGGGACCGGCAGGAAGUCUGCCUUGGCACCCCCGCUCCACUGCUAACCAGGAGCCAUCCGAGGUAAGCCUGUGCCCCAAUCCCCUGCCCUAGCCUGAGCCCUCCCCCAAACCUGGAUCUUCCUCCUGCACCCCAAACCUCUCAUCCCUGGCACCACCCUAGAACCUGCACCCCCAGCCCAGAGCCCUGCCCCCAUCCCGCACCCUAACCCCCUGCCCCAGCCCAGAGCCCCCUACUACACCCUGAACCCCUCAUUCCUGGCCCACCCCACAGCCCUCACUCCUGCACCUCAACCCCCAGCCCUGAGCCCCUCCCACACCCAAACCCCUCAUCCCCAGCUCCGGUGGGUCAUGGGCAUCAACAAUAUUUUUCAACUGGGUGGCCAGAAAAAAAGUUUAAAAACCACUGGACUAGAUGAUCACAAGGGUCCCUUCUGACCUUGGGAUCUAUGAAUCUAGGCACCUUUCGAUGUCUGAUCCCCACACAUUGUAAUGUGGAUCGCGUUUCCAAAGCCCUGGGGCUCCAGGGAGAAUCUCAGCUCUGUAUCCGCUGAACAGACUGUAAAGUCUUUGAGGUAGGGACUUCCUCCACGGUCAGUAUUCCUUGACCAACAAGGGACAUGGAUCACAACCUCUGUGUUCUAUCAGGCUGCAUGUAAUAAAGACAACCUUCACAGGUGACAGUUUGGAAGUCAGUGUUGUCGUUAUGGAGGUAUUGAAAGGAAGGGUUGUGUUGGGGGUGAGUGUGGUUAUUGGGGAGGCCUUAGAGGUUUGGAUAAUGAAUUGGGGCUGGGUUUAGUUCCAUUCUCCGGACUCUGGCAUCUGG